AUGGCGAUCAACCAUUCCAACAAUUCCAACUGUACCGAUUUGGAUGAACUGAUGAAACGCUACUACCUGCCUGUGGCUUACAGUCUCAUCUUCAUUGUGGGCUUGGUUGGAAAUGUAACAUCCAUCAGCAUUUACUUGACAAAGCUUCGUCCCUGGAAGAGCAGCAGCAUCAUCUUGGUCAACCUGGCGGUGACCGAUCUCCUCUAUGUCCUCAGCCUGCCAUUCCUGGUCUACUACUAUACCAGAUGGGACAAGUGGCCUCUCUGCGAAUUCAUGUGCCGUGUCGUGCGCGUUGGGUUUCAUUUGAACCUUUAUGGGAGCAUCCUCUUUCUAACAUGUCUGGCAGUUUUUCGUUAUGUAGUGGUGAUUAAACCACUGAGUGCAGCACAGGUACAGCAGAAGCGCUGGGGUAUAAUUGCCUGCUCAGCUGUUUGGAUCAUCUCUGCUGCUGAAAUAACACCCAUGUUGAGCAUGAUAUCAGUGAAAGAUAACAAGAAGUGCAUAGACUUUGCAAGUACCGAACCCGUCGCUACUGUGCGGUUGUACAGCUGGCUACUUACUGCGUUUGGAUUUCUACUUCCCCUUGUGGUGGUGUUUAUGUGUUACACUGGGAUAGUAAAACAGCUGGCAAAAGGACCACAUACAACAAGUCUCUGUCGGAUGCGAGCACGGCGUGUGACUGUACUGAUCCUGGUGGUGUUUGUUGUAUGUUUUCUGCCAUAUCACGUCCUGCGUGUGUUGCGGAUAGAAUCGAGAUAUCAUAACACGACUUGUCCGGCAGAGAACAUCGUGCAUGCAGCGUAUAUCAUCUCCAGGCCUCUGGCUGGAUUUAACACUUUUUUCAACCUGGUGCUCUACACUCUUUCAGGUGAUGCAUUUAGGAGGGCCUUUCUCAACGCUUUCCACUGGGAACGCUGCCUGACCAAAACAAGGUCAUUGUUCCACCUGGCCGUCAUCAGCGAGGCAAGCAGGGACAAGUCUGCUACAUAACUGUCAAGGGGCGGCUGUGUGAAGGCGAGAGAGGACCCAAAUGCACGGCUCAAGACACGCGGGGAUAACUCAAAAGGCAGGUCUUUAUUAAUAGGAACAUAAGAAGUCAUACAAAACUAUACUGGGAGAAACUAAAGUUGAGGCACUGGGAAGACACGAGGGAAUGCACACAACCUAGAGGGACGACGCAACACGGAACAAAGGGAUACUCUGACAUAAAUACACGGAAGGGAAGUGAGGAACACACGGGGAACACAGCUGAGGACAAUUACUUAUGACAGAGUGGGGAGGACACGAAACUGAAAAUACUGACACUAAGAUGUGGACCUUAAACACAACACAGAGUACACAGAGAUGAGCACAGAGAGAGGCAGAGAACAAGAAUGAAUACACGAGAGGAUGAGGAGAACACAGAACACAAGGGAUGGGAACACGGUACCAGAACAAACACCACAAUAUAAGCAAGGACACAGGGGGAAUCCAAAUACCAAACCAAACAAUCCUAUGAACAUAAAGAACAAAAUACAAAAACCACAGGAAAACUAAGAACACUGGGUUAAAAUGACCCAGGACCAUGACAAUAACUGACAGCACCUAACUUUCUUUCUUCAGUAGCUCUGUGACUUGUGUAGUCUUUACCGUAGGUUCGUCUUGGGAAAGUGUGCAGCAACCCAGAAGUGAAAAUAAUAAUGACUCAAUGUAUUAAUGACUCAAUAGUUAAGACCUUUGUCUACAGUUUUUCUUUCUCUGACUGGAAGUCCCCUGAGUAUAUUUACCUGACUUACAAUGGAUUCCUUUGUUUGAAGCCCCAAAAAUAUUUACUGUGUUGCUAUGGACCUUUGAAGAAAGCUUGUAUUUCUAAACUCUUUUGUUUGUGAUUCAGAUUUCCUAACAGAAUGCCUGAACCCCUGACAUGCAAAUUUUAAUCGGAUUCUUUCAGCUAAUCAGACGACCCCCUAUGAGCAAUCGGUUGAAAAAUAAGCCACAAGAUACAAUGAGGGCAGCUUCUAGGACAGAACAUUGAGAUACUAUGAGACUUGCUCACAUUGUUUUCCAUUGGUGUCUAUUUUUAGAUUUCAUAAGGCAAGCACUGCCUGCCUUGCUUACCCCGACGGAAUGCCACAGUGGUGGCUGAAUACAGAGAACUGCUAGAUCUCACCUUAAAGUUCCAGAAUAUGUCAAAAAUUGAUGGGCAACAUGAUAGAUAGAUAUGUGCACCUUUUACAAGCAUGCUGUUACAACUAUUUUAUACAUUUUAAAACAUCUACUAUAACAACAUGCUAAAAUUCAAAAAGGAGUUGUAGCUAGCUGAGUCGUUUUAGCCUGGCAUUGUCUGGUUAAAUAAUCUUAAAAUAUUAUGUUGUCAAACGUAUCAUGUUGCAUUGAGCAUAUUUUAUUAUACUGGAAUGCUGAAUCUGAUUUUUUCCCCAUAAGCACCAAAGGCUUUGGUUCAUUUGACUAAAUUUGAUAAAGGAACAAACCUAUUUAAAGUUGGAUGGAUUACCAUUUUGUUAAACUUGUGAUUCACAACAUGCUACUUUGUUAUUUAAAGCAUAUUAAAAGACAGCAAUCUUUAUAUCCAAAUCUAGUGAAACUAACAGGAAAUAUAAAUUUCAUGUACAGUGCUUGAUGUGGCUGUUGAAGGUCUUAGUAUGAAUAAUGUGAGCAAUAAUGGUUUUGGACAAGAUAAGCAACAUUUAAAUAAAAAACUAAACAAAAUAAAUAAAUGUAUUCAGUGUGUGAACUUUUUCUA